AUUUUAUCAACAGAUGCAUUGCAUCAGUUUCACGUCGACACAUCACAUGCACCAUUCAUUCAUUUCUUCCACGGCCUUUCAAACAAAGGAAAGGCAAAAAAGCCAACCCUUGUGAAAUCGACACUACUGUACCAUUCGAUCGCUGACCUCACCCACUCAAUCAAUCAAUUAACCGUCUGGCGUUCGUUCGUUCACCCUGCCCUGUUGGCAUCACCUUGCUGCCGCUGACUGUUCCCCUGACCCGCCAAGCCAACACCCGCACCCUCCCGCCCCUCACCCCCACCCCCACCUCGGCUGUGGCCGUCUUCAUCUCUCAGCUGCUCGUACCCGCCCCUGUUUGCCCGACCCCUCCCGCCAGUUGUCCUGUGCGGCGAUCGAGAUUGCGCCGCCGCCCGCUCUGAUGGAGACGAUUCGCCGUGUCCGUAUGUGGCGGCGUCCGUGCUGAUUCCUCCCUCGCCCUCCGACUGCCUCCCAUCAGGCUCGGCUGCCUCCGCCAUGUUGUCGCUCAGCUUCGCCUUGAGCUUUGGCGGCGGCGCGACGACUAUGGAGACGGGGUGGUGGCGGCCAGGUGAGUUUGGCGAGUCACUGCCGCUCGACUGCCCCGCAUCCGCAUCGCCGGAGGCGUCGCCUUUUCUUUUGGUCUUCCAGCGCGCCCCCACCACUGCAGGGAGUGUGCUGACGCCGGCCGGGGAGGUGGCCGGUGAGGGCUGGUUAUGGUUGUUGGGGGAGCUGGAAGCCUCGGGGGCUGUGAGCUUGGCCAGCUCUGGAUCUUCGGGAGUGUCGUUGUGACUCACACUGUCGUCUGGACGAACGGCACACGCGUGCACACAAUAAAUAAUGCGAAGGCGACUAUUUCCCUUCUUAGUGGCGUGGGCAUGUUUACCAACAAGGUUGUCAUCGAGAUGGGCGUCCGGGAUGAGACAGAAUGUGAGUGGGAUGCAGAGGGCCGGCAGGAUGAUGUGGCCCACAACGAUGAGAGCUGGCAAGCCGGCAAAGUUGCAGGAACCCUCCUGAGCCAACGGACAGAUUCAUAGACGGGUGCAUGUCACUUGUCGUCACGUGUCCGUCCGUCCGUCCGUCUCACUUCGGUGGAUAUGCCUGCUGCCUUGGUGAGCCACACACCCGUCGCCCGGGACACGUUGGCACCGAAAUUAGCGAACCCAGCCAAGAUCGCAUAUAUUGUCGACUCCCUGACGAUAUGAUAGAUACAGACAGACAGACAGACAGACAAGCCAAAUUCUCUCGUCAAUAAAGACACAGAGGUCGCUGAGUUCUCUGUCCUUGUCUAUCUGUCCAUCCAUCCAUCCAUAGGUACUUACAUGUUCUUGGGGCAGAGUUUGGAUGUGAGUAUGACGGCGGGCAUAAAGGCCAUCAUACCACAGAAGGGCUGGAUGAUGGCGUCCCCCAACAUGUACAUCCACUUGUCCGGCACACCCAACCGGGAGACGUUCCAUCGUUGGACCAGAAUGAGGUCGAAGAAGGAUGCCAGGAUGCGCAAGACGGUCGUGACCCAGAACACGGCUCUGAACCGCCACGAGCUCAACACCGUCUGGAACACCCAAAGUCCGACAGAUGACGCCGCUAUACCCGCUGAACGAACAAACAACCCGGGAAGAGCACAUGUGCCUGCGGGUCGGGUGUGCGAGAAGCGCUUGGGGCUUUCAUGCAUGCGGCGCGUACCGAUUUGGGUCCAUGUGGUGUAGUAUGUAUAGUCAAAGGCAGGCCCACCAGGCAGGCACUUGGCAUCGCUGGUAUACCAGAACUGAAAACAGAAAAGGCAAGACACGCAUUCAACAAGAAACCAUGCACCUCUUCUUCUUGUUCUCUUGCAGCUGUACGUCAAGGGCACCGCUGAUCGAUAUGUACAGAGCAUCUGACGACAGACAGACAAAUAACACACAACAAACAAAUCCUCUCGUGUGCAUGCAUGUGUGCCACGCGUGUGCACGACGGACGGACCUUGCAAGAACAUGUACAGGUUGCACAUGGCGAGUGUCCGCGGCAGACACCAAAAGGCCAUGCAGCACAAGACAAACGACACGCAAAUGGCGUAGAACACCUGCGCAAGCUCCGUGCCAAGCAAUCCUGAACCAACACAACAACACAACACAACCCAACCCAACCCAGAUGGGUGACAUGACAGGUGCCAUUGCUGUAUGUAUGCUGUGCUGACCGACGACAGCAAGUCCUAACGCCCCUACAGCCAUCGACAGCGCCAACACAAACGGACGGAUCUGAGCACUUAUCUUCGCACCCUGACAGACACACAACAGCCACCCAUACACAUCCAUCCAUCCAUCCAUCCCUUGCUCCCCUCCCUCCCUCCCACCUCUAGUCGAUUGCUCUUGCUGGGCGGCACCUGCACCUCAGGCAGGAAUCCCAUGGCCAACGGGAUGAGCGCUUGGCAGGCGCACGGGAGCGCUAUCCAGAAGACGACGGCGACAUCGAGGUAGUCGGCUACGGGGCCAACUAUGAAGCUCGCCACCAACUCGCCCAGCAUCACGCACAGCCACACGAACGUCACGACAUCUACGUGUACGUACAGGGAGAGAAACAAACAAAGGCACUCGUCGCUCCACACACGGCUUGGCUUCUGCGUGCUCCCUACCUCUCUCCUGCCUCACCUGAUUUGGUGUGUGGAUUGGCCACCAUGAGUUCUGCGUACUUUCCCUCACACAGCAAAUCGAGUGUGGAGCAUUGUAGCAUCACAAAGAAUAACCCAAUCGCAAUCGUGGCCGGCGCGUGCAUGGCCACAUCCGCUGGCAGCAGCGCCAGCCCGAGGGAGCCCGCGAUGCCGAACAAAGCCGCAAUCAUCAUGUAGUACCUGCAACAGCACACACGCACGAACGCACGAACGCACGUAUGUAUGUAAGUAUGUGAUCUACCCAUCCACCACUUGGUCCGUCCGUCCCUCACUUACCGUUUGUUGUAUCCAAACAGCGGGAGUGCGUCGGAAAGCGCCCCAAUGAGUCCCUUGCAAGCCCAAGGCGACAUGCCCACGAAGACGAUGGUCUGGUAGGCAAUGGCAGAGAGCCCCGCCUUUUUCUUGGAAAAGGGCAGCUGAGCGCCGUAGACGAGCUUGCUCACCAGCCCCUUGACGCCCAGAUACACUGACAUCAGCAUGAUGAUAAAUCUCCACCCAAAGUUGUCCCUCAGCCGGCCCAAGUAGGCGGAGAACGCACCGGGGCCGAUGUUGUUGAGGACCGUCUUGAGAGAUGGGACGUUGCAAUAGCCAGUUCCCUUGUCAUCGUCGGCAAGAUCUUCAUCUCGGUAUUCCUCUGUGUGCCGGUCGGGUCUGUCCAUCUCUUCUCCUGCUGUCAUUGUUCGAGGGGUGGAGUGCAGCAGCGGCUCGGCUGCGAAUAGCGGCAGAUACAGAGGGUCGUCCACUUUGGC